AGCGUUAGCGAAUUGUAACCUCCAAAUAUCAGCUUGAAAACGUGUUGUACGUGUUGUUAGAGAAUUUAGUCGAUAAAACUCUAAAAAAUUCAAUAGUUGGAUAAUUCCCUGGUUACAGUGACUUUCCAUGACAUUGAAAUGUCGGAUUUUCCAGUGAGUCCAGACUAACGAUCGACCAUUUCUGUGGCAAAUAGAUGUUAAUAGUCACACAAGUCGCGGUGCAUAAAUUGUUUGCUUAUUAGAUUCUUUAAAAAAAAUAUAUAUAUAUAUAUAUAUAUAUAUCAAAAUGAUAAUCAACACAUUGAGAUUAACCGUAAAAUGUCUACAAUGCUCGGGUCCUCUUCGUGGUGCGAAUUUACGAACGAUACCACAAGUGCAAAAAUACUCGGACAUUGCGCAUCGUCGGCCAGUGCGUAUUGUCAAUGAAGAAGAAAUACUCGAGAAAUUCGAGGAGGCCAAGGGACCGAAUGAAUUCCUCGAGAUUGGGAAGAGGAAACCCAUGAAGGUAAGGCCCAAGAAGACAAAACUAAAGAAGAAAAUGGUUGUUACGAAUGCUGACACACGUCUAAAAGAGGACGGCCGUCUCAAUUAUUCGGAAUUGAAAGAGAAUGACCCCCUGUUGAUGAACUUGAUGAUGUCAGUUAGAUCCAAAAAAACUAGAGACCGUAAUAGUAGGAUAAUUCUGGAAGGACACAGGUUGAUAUCAGAUGCUCUCGACGCUGGUAGUGUUCCUGAAAUAAUCAUUUUUAGCCGAGUGCCAGAUGCUUUAAAAAUACCUCUACCCGAUGUGGGUGUUAAAUUGUACAAAACACCUUACAGAGCUAUUCAGACGUGGUCGACCUUGACCACUGCUCCAGGAGUAAUGGGAUUUUUCAAAAUCCCAGAUGUCGAGAGCAUUGAAGCAUCCCCGGAAGCUCUCCCCCUCACAGUAAUAUGUGACAACGUCAGAGAGCCCGGAAAUCUGGGAGCGAUUCUUCGGGCCUGUGCUGCAGUAGGUUGUAAGAAAUUAAUCCUCGUUAAAGGCUGUGUUGAUCUUUGGGAUGCCAAAGUGCUUCGUAGCGCAGCAGGUGCUCACUUCCGCACACCCAUACUCGCAGCAAGAACUUGGAAGGAAAUUCGAAGCAUAAUCGAUCCAUCGGCGCAAGUCUGGGUGGCUGACAACGAUGCACUAGUAUCAGGCAAGGAAACUGGGGCAGAAGUCCUCCAAGAAGAUGAGGGUGAAGUACUUGAUGAUACUGAGGAUUGCCAGAUACUUGUGGAAAAGCCUGACAAUUCCCAGGAGGGGGCAACAACUCCGAGCGAAUACGAGUCCUUGGUGGCUCAAGACGACCUCUUCAAAUCUAUCGAGCAGCUUCCGGAAUUCAAGAAUUAUCGAGAGCGAGAGAGAGACGCCAAAUUGGCCCAGAAAUUGAUCUCCACAAUUCCCAUAAUUCCGUACUACUCCACAAAUUAUCAGAAUGCUGAAAACAUCGUCAUUGUGGGGGGUGAAAGUGAGGGAGUGAGUGUGGAAGCACUUGCACUCGUUCACGAGAGGAAUGGUUUACGACUCAACAUCCCGAUGACUAAUGGCGUUGAGAGUUUGAAUACAGGCAUGGCACUUGGGAUCAUUGCCUUUGAAAUGAAACGACAAUUCUCUGUCAAAAAAUUAAGAGGGCAUAAUGAUGAAAGCCACUUGAGUGAAUAAACAUAUUGUCAAUAAAUCGUUUUCACCCCUUUUUACUGAAAAAUAAUGGAAAACCCAGUCACUAUAUCCGGUUUGACAAUUUUUGUAUUCCAUCAUUUUAUUAUUGAAAAAAACUGUCCAAAUUGCAAAUAUAAUUACCAAUUCUAUUAU